CGUGCCUGGAUUUUAAGACUGACAGCUGCACCGAUCAGAAGCACUGGACAUCAAUAUGUGUCAUGUCAUUGUAACAUGUCGGUCGAUGCUAUGGACUCUCCUGAGUAUUGUGGUGGCUUUUGCAGAGCUCAUCGCUUUCAUGAGCGCAGACUGGCUGAUUGGGAAAGCAAAGCCUACAAGCUCCGAGGAUGUGGACAACAGAACGGGGGGGUCACAGGAGCCUUACCAUCCGACGCUGGGCAUCUAUGGGCGCUGCACCAGAAUCUCCCACAUGCAGCUUUCUAGACGAGACACGCUUUGUGGUCCUUACGCUGAAAACUUCAAUGAGAUUGCCAGUGGGUUCUGGCAGGCAACCGCUAUUUUCCUAGCCGUGGGAAUCAUGAUUCUCUGUGCCGUGGCGUUUGUGUCUGUCUUUACUAUGUGUGUACAGAGUAUUAUGAAGAAAAGCAUUUUUAAUGUCUGUGGGCUGCUACAAGGGAUUGCAGGCCUCUUCCUUAUCUUAGGCUUGAUACUUUACCCUGCAGGUUGGGGAUGCCAGAAGGCAAUAAGCUAUUGUGGACCUUAUGCUUCUGCUUAUAAACUAGGAGAUUGCUCCUUGGGCUGGGCUUUCUACACAGCUAUUGGUGGCACUAUUCUGACGUUCAUCUGUGCAGUCUUCUCGGCGCAAGCUGAAAUAGCCACAUCCAGUGACAAAGUGCAAGAAGAAAUAGAAGAAGGAAAGAACCUUAUCUGCCUCCUUUAACUCCAGUGGGGAAAAAUACCAGCGCAUGGAUCUUAAUUUGCUUUCCAUUGACUGGACAAGCAGAUCCGCAUACCUGUUUCUACCAUUUGUGUGAUUGAGCCCCAUGCAUUCCAGUCCCGAACUACUGAAAUGGUCUUUCUUCC